AAUCUGGAUGAUGCUCCAAGAAGCUAUUAUCACCCUAAAGAAAUGUCUUUUUAGGGGGUAAGCGGAAAAUGUACCCACCUUCAUAAGAAAUAGUUCAGGUGUUCCAACGGGAUUAGCGGUUCUUGAGUCAGUGUUCAAGGUUCAACGCCAUACUAACAUAUCGACGGCUUCAUCGACGGCUCGCCAUACCGAAAUUCUAGUGAUAAGCGCGGGGAAGGCCUGGAGGAAGUCUUGAUGUGUAGACAUCAAGAAGCCACUGCAUCGCGAUAACGAUAAGUUGCAGUCUGCUGAGAGUAAGAGCGGAUAAGUGAGAGAGUGCAUUCCGAAGAAGGCCCAAAAAGAGCAAAGCUGCAUAUACACUGAGGAAAUUGCAUAUAUCAACCAAGUGUAUGCACGAAAGAGAGAGCAAUAUCGCGCACCGCCAACGCGAUCGUGUUUUUGUUGGCGUUGCUUUGUUUGUGAGCAGCAGCAGCGGUAUUACUUCUCUCAGCGCCGCACGGCGUCGCCAGUCGUGUCUCAACACUCGACAGCAGCAGACGUGUUGCAGCAGCAGUAACACUUGAUUGAUCGCAUCUCGAAGAGCCAGCUCCAUAAGGAAUACCCAAACUCUGUUCUAAACUGAUCGUAUAACCGCGUGAUAUUCAAAUCCAGCCAUGAACCCAGCCGCUCAACUGCUGCGCAUGCGCAGCGCUACCGCAUUUGGUAGCGCCGCAACGCGCUCCAUCACGACGAACCGGCGCCAGCGGACCACCAGUACCGCCAGCGCCCAGCGGGAGCGGACGCAGAGCGUCAGCGAGACGGACAAGUUUCUGCACUACAGCCCCGAGGACGGCUACUACAAGACCUCGCCCUUUGACCCCGUCACCAUUCCCAACGUACCGCUGCAUGAGUACGUGUGGCGCGACUUCAAAAAGUGGGAGCGACGCACUGCAGCGGUUUGUGUGAUCACCGAUCGGCAGUACACUUUCGCUCAAAUGCGUGAUGCCAGCGCCGCUUUUGCCGUUCGUCUGCAGACCAAAUUCAAUCUCCAAAAGCCCGACGUUUUGGCCAUCUGUCUGCCGAAUCUUCCCGAGUAUCCCAUUGCCACAUUGGGCGCCAUUGAGGCGGGACUGACGGUGACCACAGUGAAUCCCGUCUACACGCCGGAUGAGAUCGCCAGGCAAUUGACCUUUAGCGGAGCCAAGUUCCUGGUGGGAACGGUAUCCGGAUUUGCCACACUAAGCCAGGCCAGCAAACUGGUGGGCAGGCAAAUACCCAUCGCCGUGGUGCGUACCAGUGCCGAGGAGGCCCUGCCCGAGGGUGCCAUCGAUUUCAGCGAGCUGACGAGCACCCAGAAUGUGCGUUACGAGGAUCUGAAAGCGCCCAAAGAAGCCUCCGCCGACGAUAUGGUCUUCCUGCCCUUCUCCUCCGGCACCACUGGUCUGCCCAAGGGUGUGAUGCUAUCGCACAACAACAUCACUAGCAAUUGCGAGCAGGUGCAGGCCUCCCUGCCACUGGAUCUCAUGGGUCCGCAGAACACGUUGCCGGGCGUCCUGCCCUUCUUUCACAUCUACGGCCUCACCGUGGUGAUGCUCUCGAAACUGGGACAGGGCUGCCGACUGGCCACCAUGCCGUGCUUUAAGCCGGAUGACUUCAUGAGGUCGCUGGACAAGUACCAGGGCAGCAUCCUCAACUUGGUGCCCCCAAUUGCCCUCUUUAUGAUUAACCAUCCCAAGCUGACGCAGGAAACAGCGCCCCACUUGAAGGUGGUGAUGAGUGGAGCGGCCCCAAUUGGUCAGCACGAUGUGGAGCGCUUCCUGAACAAGUUCCCGAACACUGUCUUCAAGCAGGGCUAUGGCAUGACAGAGGCUUCUCCCGUGGUUUUGCUAACACCGGAGGGCAACAAGGUGUACGCCUCGACCGGUGUGCUGCCGGCCAGCACGGAGGCCAAGAUCGUUCCACUGGAUGGAAGCGAUGCCAAGGGCGUUGGUCCGCGCACCACUGGCGAGCUGUGCGUUCGUGGUCCCCAGGUGAUGGCCGGUUAUUUGAACAACGAUGAGGCCAAUCAGGUCACCUUCUAUCCGGGCAACUGGCUGCGCAGUGGCGACGUCGCCUUCUACGACGAGGACGGUCUCUUCUAUAUCACGGACCGCAUGAAGGAGCUGAUUAAGGUGAAGGGUUUCCAAGUGCCACCCGCCGAAUUGGAGGCAGUGCUGCGUGAUCACCCCAAGAUUCUGGAGGCGGCCGUCUUUGGUAUUCCCCACGAAUUCAACGGCGAGGCACCACGCGCCAUUGUCGUCCUGCGUCAGGGGGAGAAAGCCAGCGCCGAGGAGAUCUCCGCCUACGUGGCCGAACGGGUGGCCCACUACAAGAAGCUUGAGGGCGGAGUGAUCUUUGUGGACGAGGUGCCAAAGAAUCCCACCGGCAAGAUCCUGCGCCGCGAGCUCAAGGAGAAGUUCUCCGAUUAAGUUCCCAGAGGACGAAUCUUCGUAGGCUAAGAAAUAUUUUUGUGAUUUUUUUUUGUUCGUCUCAAUCAGGAAUGGUACACAGACAAAUGUGGAGGUCCUAAAGCAAUCAACCUAUUGCCAAAUUUAAGAGCUCUAUUUGUUUGUGGCCACAUUCCGCGGAACAUGUAUGUAUAUGAGGAACAUCAAUGUUGGCCCUGGAUCCCCUGAUCCCUGGGAACUGGUUUAGACAUUGCAUUUACAACUUCGAAAAUACUUAGCUAUUAUGCUUAGACAUAGGUCUCGAUUAGUCGCUCGAUUGGUCCAUAGUUAGUAAGUCUAGAUUAGGCAUAUGUAAGACCUUAAACAUUAACAUAUGCGUAUUUAUAACGUGUAAUCUUUAUGCGUGCACUCUAACCUUUGAUUAUACUUAAUGACGCAGCCGAUAUUUUGCUAUGAUAUUCCCCUAUUUGCAUAUAUCAAUUUUUUUUUUGCCUAGUACCAUAAGAUUAUUGUUUGUUGAUCGUAUUGAAAGAUGGCGGCAUGCCAAAUCCAAUACUUUAAAUGCCAUGUAUGCCACGAUGUUUAAAAAUAAAGACGAAAUGAACCAGUUGAAAUAACUUGGUUUUUAUGGUGGCCGAAUUAUCGUGCAAUAAAAUAAACAUAUACAUGUUAGGCGAGCUGUUAAAGUUUUAAUCACAUUAUUUCAAUAUCAAUCAAUAUAAGUAUUUUUUAAUUUAUUUAUUUACGACAAAAUACACAAAAUUUUACAUUAGGUUUAGGUUUAGAUUUUAGUUCUUUAGUUCUUCGGUUGGUUGUUGUUCUUGUUCUCUUGCUUUCUCCAUCAGACUGCAUUAUAAUUAAAAUUACUCGGACUUAAUAUACAAUAGAAAAAAAAUGUAUGUGUGAGUGUUCUGUGUAUAAUGGGUGUAUGUGUGUGUAUGUGUUUGGUAGAAGUGCUUAUAAAAAUUAGGGUUAAUUACU